GGAUUGACCGUGAAAAUAACUCUCCUCUGAGCAGCCGAUGGCAGUAUCUAUCGACUCAGGGUGUAGAGGUGUGUGUUAGUGGCUGACGGUAACGUUCUGUUCCCAGGUGACCCGUGAAGAUGGUUCGCUACUCUCUUGACCCAGAAAACCCUACAAAAUCAUGCAAAUCGAGAGGAUCAAACCUUCGGGUUCACUUUAAGAACACCCGUGAAACGGCCCAGGCCAUCAAGGGUAUGCAUAUCCGAAAAGCCACCAAGUAUCUGAAAGAUGUCACUUUGAAGAAGCAGUGUGUGCCAUUCCGACGGUACAAUGGUGGAGUCGGUAGGUGCGCCCAGGCCAAACAGUGGGGCUGGACACAGGGUCGGUGGCCAAAAAAGAGUGCGGAAUUUUUGCUGCACAUGCUGAAAAAUGCAGAGAGCAAUGCUGAACUGAAGGGUUUAGAUGUGGACUCUCUGGUCAUUGAGCACAUCCAGGUGAACAAAGCACCUAAGAUGCGCCGACGAACUUACAGAGCUCAUGGCCGGAUUAACCCAUACAUGAGCUCCCCCUGCCACAUCGAGAUGAUCCUCACUGAAAAGGAACAGAUUGUUCCAAAGCCAGAAGAGGAGGUUGCACAGAAGAAAAAGAUAUCCCAGAAGAAACUGAAGAAACAAAAACUUAUGGCACGGGAAUAAAUUCAGCAUGAAAUAAAUGCAGAUAAAAGUAAAGGUCUUCUGGUCGUUCAUAUGCAUUGUUACAGAUUGCGGUUAAUCAAUCCUGCAAGAUAAAUUUUGUUGGGAG